AUGGAGGGUCCGAGUCGUCCGUCCGGAGCUCCGGAGAUGACGUCCAGGCCACAGCCACGUCGUCGAGUGGUCAUCAAGAGAAAGGUGUCGUCCUCAACCUACGAAAGACACAAGGCAAAGAUGGAAAAUUUGGGUCUUGACCCAUCUGACCCUCUGCCACCACAGUCAGAGCAGUUUGUGGACUUGGCAGAGGAGGAGCUUGAUGCGCCAGAUCCGGAGUUGAGUCCUGCCAACAGUUCGCCGAAGAUGAUGCCACCCGGUCGUGGCGUGCGGAUGUCCACAUCUUCGCCUGGCGGCCCUACUGUGCUUCCGCCGAAGGCCAAGGAAAGGAAGACGGUGAGUCUGAAGACGCGUACUUUGGAAGAGCAGAUAGUGGCCAAGAGGUACGAUCGUGCCCUGGAGCGCUUUGCGCAGCAGCAAGAAGAGUGGGAAAAGUUCCGGCAUCACGCUUCUCGCAAGACCGGCAGGGACAAGGAAGAGCUCGUUGUGACACGGGCAGAGGAGUACAGAGAGCGGCUGGAGGUGAUGGAGCUGCUGGAUCGUGCAACGCCAGAGGAAAUCAAGAGCGGCGGUUUCAACUGGUACCAUUCUCUCCGCGGAGAGGGGACACGCUUCAUUCAGGUUGGCAAUAUGUUCUCUGGACUGUACUUGCCCAUGAAGUUGCACAAGGAGAACUUUGUACACGAAAUCAUCAGGAAGCCCCUGCUCGUGGAUCUGACGACGGCCAGGCACACAGCAGAAGAGAGUGGCAAGAAGAAGCCUCGAUCCUGGCGGGAUGACGAGUACUUGCUGGCCAGGAUCCGGAAGUACGGAGCAAAGAUGAAGGAGAUGGCACCAGGACAGCUCGAAUAUGACGAGAUCAUGGAACCUGAGGUCAAGGCGCUGCGGCCUUUGGAGGCCGAGAUGCAAGAAGGCUUUGCGGAGGAAGAUCUCAUGGCAGCUCUGCUGGAAGAGGGCGCUGCUGACAACACCAUGCCGCUCGAGCAGGAGCCUUUGGCAAGCGCUGCCUUCGUGGCACCAAUUGAAGGUCCAAAUGCCGAGGUCACUCCGGCUCGGUUGCACUUUCAGGCAGAUGCCAAGACGACCUGCACGAGAACUAUUCGCCUCAGAAAUACUGGCUCUGCUGCGAUCCAGUUCGAGUGGGUGCAGAACGCUCCGCAGCAAGGGUUUCAGGAAAGUCUGCUGCCGCAAGAUCCAACCCAACACUUCACCUGCCACCAGACUUCAGGGCGAGUGCUUCCCGGUGAGGAUGUGCAGACCAUGUUCUCCUUCACUUCCCCCGCACCGGGCACCUUUCAGAGCUCCUGGCGGCUCCAAACCUACCCACAGCUUUUUGAGCCCAUUGAAGAAUUGGCGAUGAACGGUUCAGCGACAAUUUCAGAUGUGCACUGGGAGCGGAGACAGGCUCUGCAAGCGCACAUGGUCAAGGAGCAGACCAUCAGCCUGGCUUCAGAGCUUGCCGAAGACAUCGUGGCAUCUGCGGUCACUGACGGCUGGAAGCUUCUUCCGCCACCGCUGCCGGACCUCAGCCAGCCCUCGGUGCAGGAGAGGCUCUUCGAAGAAGUGAAUGGCGCAGAUGGCCUGUUCUGGUCACACAAUGCAUGGACAAUCUUCUCCGAGCUGCGAGAAAAGGUCGAGCGAGCUUCACCUUCUGAGAUCCCGGCCGACAGAGGUCCCGUCGAAGUCAGCUUCGAGCCUCCACCUGGGGCACGCGGGCACCGGCCGGUGCCGAAGGUCGAGGCUCCGGCACCGGAGGCUUUGACGCCGGUGGAGCGGCUGGAGGUCCCCUCCCUCACAAGGAUGCAGGCGCAGCUUGACAGGCUGCCCAAUCCGGAGCCCGAUGAGUAUGGCCAGGUCCCCAGGACGGCGAAGACUGAGCUUCAGUUCGAGCUCGAUCGAGCCGCCCGCUGGGCGAGGUGUCGCCCUCUAGAGCGCUCGCCGCUCUGGUGGCUGGCUUACGAGACCAUCCUGGAGAUCGCAUCCGUCCUCCCGGGCAAAUGGGCAGCAACGCGUCAGCGAAAUGGGCUGGAGCCUUUGCCGUUUCUGACGCCGCCUGAUGAUGAUGCUGCUCCAGACGAAGUUGAGGAGUACAACCAGAAGCUCGAGGACCGAAAGGCCAAGCUGGCACCAGAAGAGAAGGAGGCUGAAGUUCGCGAAAUCUUCUGCCGCGGGUUCAUGAAGAACAAGUUUGGACCGGCCUGCUCGCGAUUUGAGGUAGUCGCCAAAGAAGCAGCUGUCACGGCUCGUAUCUCGCAAGCCGGUGGCCUGACAUUGGCGGACAGACUGCGGCCAUAUCUGGGUCAAGCCGCUGAAGAGGCACCUGAGGGAGACGAGCUCGAGGAAGGAGAGGAGGCUCAAGUCGAAACCCAGGACUUUGGAGAUGGACUUCUCGUGACAAUGGCGGCCAUCGCAACCGAGCUGUCUGAUUUCGUGGAGACCAUGCAAUUGCCGAUUCGAGCCUCAGCUGCUGAGGAGGAAGCGGCAAGAGCAGAGCUGGAAGAGCUUGGAAAGCCAGCUGUGGACGAGGAUGGCAAAGAAACCAUCCCGGCCCCACUGCUCAUAGUUCUUGGCGGCGGUUCCAGCACGGAGAAUCAAGAGGAGGUCCUCCUGAAAAAGCUGGAGCUGCUUAUAGGGCUCUCACGCUUCGCGGAGCAUGAGAAGGGUGGCGUGCACGUCUACAUCGGUGGCGCCCUUGCGAGCUACGUGCUGUCAGGUGUCCUUGGCAUGUCGAUGGGCCCCAGCUCCGUUGAUGAUGGUGCGAUCAAAGCGUCGCUCAAGGAGGCUCUUUUGGAAGUGAUGAGGUUGGGAAUUUCGAUUUCGUUGCCCCUUGAUCUCGUGUGCGAGGAGGUCGCCCACGAGGCCAAAGAUGGAGAGGAUCCCGGCGAGGCUCAGGAUGCCGGCACGGGACACGCCGCAUCGCUUGCGGCUGCAUGGCGACAAGUCGCCAGCACGCCGCUUUUCCUUGGAUAUUCUGAUUGUCGUGAGUGUUACAUCUCAGUGGACACGCAGCACGGCACCCUUCAUCUUCAAAAGUGCGAGCCAGGACAGCCUCCACAUGUUGAAGGUGUCGAAGACCUCCCAGAAGAAGAUGCCGCAGAUGCGGAGGCUGGCGAAGUUGCAGCCAACGCCAGUGGCAUCCCUGAAGUCUGGACGGUGCGGGACAUUGGUCCUGCAGCAGUGGAACAGCUCAGGAUGCUCCUUAGGCGAAGCCGUGGUGCAAUCUGGAAUGGAGCCUUGGGCUGCCACGAGGAUGCACGCUGGCAGAAGGGCACCCAAGAGCUGAUCAACCUGAUCGAGGGUCGCUUAACCGGCGCCGGCGAGGCUGAGGAGGAAGAAGAUGAAGACGAAGAGGACGAAGAGGAAGACGAGGAAGGUGACGAUUACGGCGAUGAGGAUGGAGAAGCAAAGCCAAGGAAAGAACCGAAGCUACAAAAAGAACGCCCAGCGGAAUUUGAGGUAGCUGCCGUCCUUGGUCGUGACAGUUCCCGGCUUCUCUCGGAGAUCGCGGAAAAUCCAGCACUUGUUUCGUUCGUCUCGAACACGGGCGAGGGUUUUCUUCGCAUCCUCCGCGGUGCACCAUCGCCUGUGUCACCACAGAAGGCGCAGGCAAGCUUGUAG